AUGAACAUCAAAGCCACUGCGUUCGUGGAAGGCAUCCUGGGGGGGGGUCUGGGCAGGCGCUGGCCAAAUCAGAGCGGCCGCUGCUGUCCCGAGGGCUUCACGCACGCGCUGGGCUGCAGGAUGUUGAACCUCUUUGUGGCUGUGAUCAUGGACAAUUUUGAGUACCUUACGCGGGACUCUUCCAUCCUAGGGCCUCACCACCUGGACGAGUUCAUCCGGGUCUGGGCUGAGUACGACCCGGCCGCGUGUGGGCGCAUCAGUUACAAUGACAUGUUUGAGAUGCUGAAACACAUGUCCCCGCCUCUGGGGCUGGGGAAGAAAUGCCCUGCUCGAGUCGCGUACAAGCGCCUGGUUCGUAUGAACAUGCCCAUCUCCAAUGAGGACAUGACCGUCCACUUCACAUCUACACUGAUGGCCCUCAUCCGGACGGCACUGGAGAUCAAGCUAGCCCCAGCGGGGACGAAGCAGCACCAGUGCGACGCGGAGCUGCGGAAGGAGAUUUCCUCGGUGUGGGCCAACCUCCCCCAGAAGACCCUGGAUCUCCUGGUGCCGCCCCACAAGCCGGAUGAGAUGACGGUGGGCAAAGUCUAUGCCGCUCUGAUGAUAUUCGACUUCUACAAGCAGAACAAAAGCACCAGAGACCAGAUCCACCAAGCUCCCGGAGGCCUGUCCCAGAUGGGCCCCGUGUCCCUGUUCCACCCUCUGAAGGCUACCCUGGAGCAGACUCAGCCGGCAGUGCUCCGAGGAGCCCGGGUUUUCCUGCGACAGAAGAGUUCCACCUCCCUCAGCAAUGGUGGGGCUGUACAAACCCAGGAGGGUGGCAUCAAGGAGUCCGUUUCCUGGGGCACUCAGAGGACCCAGGACACGCUCUACGAGGCCAGGGCGCCCUUGGAGCGUGGCCACUCGGCAGAGAUCCCUGUGGGGCAGACAGGAGCGCUGGCCGUGGGAGUCCAGAUGCAGAACAUGGCCCUGCGGGGCCCUGAUGGGGAGCCCCAGCCCGGCCUGGAGAGUCAGGGCAGAGCGGCCUCCAUGCCUCGCCUGGCGGCAGAGACACAGGCUCUGCUGGGCGGCCACGGCAGGAGGGCACCCGACGCACAAAGCCUGGACAGCUUCAGCCACGUGGCUGCCACGGGAGGCGAGCUGCUCUCGCCGGUGCUGCCAGGGGCGAGGUGCUUCCACCGCCUCAGACCCUGCCAGGGACAGUGGUCCAGGCCCGCGACUCAGGUCCAGCCUGCCCUGGCUGCAACAGUCGGGGCCUUCCACUCCGGUCCCCUCCCUGUGGACUCCUCAGUUCCAGUCCACGCAGCUCUGAAGCCCCCAGGCAUGGCCGGUGUCCCCGCAGCUCUGGUCCCCCGUCUCUGGUCCCUCACAGCCGUGGCCUUCCCCGGUCCCUCCCAGCUCUCGCUGGCCCGCCGCGGCCCCCCAGCUCUGCUCUGGUUCUCCCUGCCCCCGGCACCCUGGCCCCAGUCUCUUCUUCACGCUGGGCCCCCGGCCCUGGCCCGCUCAUGUCUGGCGCUCACGGCUCUGGUUCGCGCCAGCUUCGGCCCUCCUAGCACCGCUCGGCUUCGGCCGCAGUUCCUCGGCUCUCGUCCGCAC